AAGCUCGCCGUCAUAAACUACCUAGCUGUCGUGCGCAAAAUACGCGCUACCAUCGAGCAUUUCUACCCCAACCUCGCCGCUACUGCCUACAACUCUAAACGCACGACAAUUCUACGCUGGGCGCGCAAUCGCAACAAGCUGGAAGCCGCGGCCGCCGCAGGAAAAGGAGAGCACAAGAAGGUACGCAACAGAGGGGUGGCUACAAUCCUGUCCGCGGAGAAUGAGGCAGAGAUUACCCAGUGGGUCGAUGAGCUGCGUGGAGACGGUAUCCCUGUCUCCACGCAAAUGCUAACAGACAAGGCGCUGGACGUCGCGGAGGAGGCAGAGGUCAAGGACUUCAAGGCGUCCGACAAGUGGGUCGCUGGGUUCAAGCGCCGUCACCUGUUUAGCCUACGUUGCCCCACGCGUCAAAGCCAG